UACUUAAUUACUCACAUGUUGUUAGAAACGGCUGUUUGUUGCAGCGAGAACAUGCCAAUCUCUUCCCUCACACCUCCAAUUUUUCACACUAGCUGUUUUUUGGAUUCCUCUCCCCUUCUCUCCUCAAUCCCCUUUAAUUUUAUUCACAAGAAAAAGAUUGAGUUUUUUCCUGCUUUGCACAUGCUUCUUUUCAAGGACAGUUUUUGGGCUUUUGAAGAAACCAAUGCUUCUUCUUCUUCUCUCUUGUUUCUUGCUUGCCUCUCACUCUUCCUGCUUGUGGGUCUCCAGCUUUAGCCUAACCCCUUUUCUUGUUUAUUGCUUCAAGUCUCAUGCCACCCAUUUCUCUUGAAUUAGAGAGGGAGUUUGGGAUCUCUCUCUCUCUCCUCUUUCUCACUCUGCAAUCUAUGCAAACUCAACUUUGAGCUGAGGAUUUGAUUGGGGUUGUUGUAUAGUACAAUUGUUUGUGUGUGUAUGGGAUGGACAUGGAGUUGGUGAUGCUGCGAGAUUUGGGUAUGUUGCUUCAAGUUUGGGCCCUUGCUUGUUUGUUGGUGAUUCAAGGAUCUACUGGGAUAGGUUUGCAACCUGCAUUUGCAGUGCCUUCUUUCCAGUCUGCACCGUCACCUCAAACCACGCCCAGUCCAUCAACACCAACUCCAAUUCCGAUUCCUUUUGUUCCCCCACCAGCUGCUACUCCGGACCCUGUCCUAUCCACACCACCUAUUCCUCCUUCUGCGAACCCCCCCACUCCAAAUCCUUUGGUUCCACCACCAACGUUGUCUCCUGACCCUGUCCUAUCCACGCCACCUAUUCCUCCUUCCGAGAACCCCCCCACCCCAAAUCCUUUCGUUCCACCACCAGCGUUGUCUCCUGACCCUGUCCCACUCACACCACCUAUUCCUCCUGCAGACACUCCUUCAAAACCAACUCCAAAUCCUUUCGUUCCACCACCAUCAUCGAGUCCAGACCUGGCCCCACUCGCCCCGCCUAUUCCUCCUUCGUUACCAGUCCCAGAUCCUUCCGUUCCACCACCAUCUUCGAGCCCGGACCCUAUCCCACUAUCACCACCUUUUCCCCCUUCUGCAAGCCCUCCUUCAAAACCAACUCCAAGUCCUUUCAUUCCGCCACCAUCUUCGAGUCCAAACCCUGUCCCAUUCACACCACCUAUUCCUCCUUCAAAAUCAACUCCAGCUCCUUUUGUUCCACCACCAUCUUCGAGUCCACACCCCGUCCCAUUCAUAACACCUAUUCCGCCUUCCCCUCAACACGCGGAACACCCUCCACUUAUAGUGCACACUCCAGCACCCGUGAUUUCACCUUCAAGCAGUUCACCACCAGACAAACAACCUCAUCCAUCAGUUUCAAAAUCUGCACCUCCGACUUCUGACAAAUCUCUAGCACCUGUUAGUGAUAAUCCUCCGUCUGCAAUUGCUCCAGUUUCAAACGUGCCAGCUCCUAGGGGAAUGCCGGAAUCCCCACCAUCCUCACACUCUGUUUUGCCAAAUGAACCACCUUCCCUUCCCCCAGUUGUACACAGAUCCCCAUCUAGCCCCCCAGCACCUCCUCCAAUGAUGAGCAAGAAAUCAGCCUCUAGGCCAGUUGUAGCACCCAGAGAUAAAAUCGCCCCUAUUCAUGCACCAUUAAGUCGCUCCCCGGCAGAAGCUCCUACUGCAAGAAACACUCAAGGACGAUCUAGUAGUGCUUCGCCUCCGCAUUUUUCCAAGUCUCAUUCCCCAAGGCCACAUCAUUCGAACGCUUUAAAUACUUCCAGUUCUCCACCUCCAAAUGCCAUGCCUCCAUCUUCAGACUCUUCGGUGCCUUCAUCCCCUCACCCUGAAGUAAAUAGUAGCCAUUCUCCUAUUCCAGCUAGAUCUCCAGCAUCUCCAUCUAACCGGCCUAAAAUUCCCUCUCUUCAGCCUAGUAUGCCCCCCUCUGCUUCAUCACGGCAAAGCCCAAAUCUGCCUCUGCUGCCUCCUAUGCGAGCGCUACCUCCUCCGCCUCCUAAUACAGAUUGUGCGCCACUAACAUGCACCGAGCCAUUAGCAUAUGGACCUCCUGAAGCUCCAUGUGUCUGUGUGUUGCCAAUACAAGUGGGGCUCCGUCUGUCUAUAGCAUUGUAUACCUUCUUUCCUUUAGUCUCGGAAUUAGCAGCUGAAGUUGCAGCUGGUGUUUUCAUUGGGAAAAGCCAAGUUCGCAUCAUGGGAGCAAAUGCAGCUGGAGACGAUACAGAAAAAACCGUUGUCCUUAUUGAUUUGUUACCACUUGGAGAAAAGUUUGAUGAUACCACAGCAUAUAUCACAUUUGGAAGAUUUUGGCACAAACAAGUUGUCAUAAAAACAUCGAUUUUUGGUGAAUACGAUGUACUAUAUGUUAGAUACCCAGGACUCCCACCUUCUCCACCUCUGCCUCCUUCCACCAUUAACAUCAUACCAAGGAAACCUUACCCCGGUCAGGGCAAUAAUGGAAGGACUAUACAGCCUCUUGGAGUUGACGUUAGUCGAAAUCAGCAUAAGCGUGGGCUCAACAGAAGCAUACUUGCAAUAAUAAUCUUAUCUUGCUUUGUAGCUUUAGUCUUAGUGUGUGCUGCUGCAUGGGUUUUUCUCUUCAGAGAUCGACAGUCUGCUUUUCGACUGGACCCCACUCCACCAACAACCAUCUGUUCCCUCGCAAAGUCAUCGGGUGUCGCAGUGUCUAGAACUGGAAGUGCGCUGAGUUCUCCUUCGUUCUCGCUGGGUUCAAGCAUGGCGGCUUAUACUGGAUCUGCGAAAACUUACAGUUCUAGUGAAAUAGACAAGGCAACCGAUUUUUUCAACGAGGCAAAUGUACUGGGUGAAGGUGGCUUCGGACGUGUUUACAGUGGUGUGUUUGAGGAUGGUGCAAAAGUUGCAAUUAAAGUACUCAAAAGAUAUGAUCAACAUAGCGGCCGUGAAUUCUUGGCUGAAGUCGAGAUGCUGAGCCGGCUUCAUCAUAGGAACUUGGUCAAGCUGAUUGGCAUAUGUGUCGAGGAUCGCACCCGCUGUUUAGUUUACGAGUUAGUACCAAAUGGCAGUGUGGAAUCUCAUUUACAUGGCACUGACAAAGAAAGGUCUCCACUUGACUGGGGUGCUCGGCUAAAAAUCGCCCUUGGAGCUGCCCGAGCUCUAGCUUAUUUGCACGAAGAUUCGAGCCCUCGUGUCAUUCACAGGGAUUUCAAGGCCAGCAACAUCUUGUUGGAAGAUGAUUUCACACCAAAGGUAUCCGAUUUCGGUUUAGCACGUGCUGCGUUGGACGAGGACAACAAACACAUUUCUACACGUGUCAUGGGGACUUUUGGGUAUGUGGCUCCAGAGUAUGCUAUGACAGGACAUCUGCUGGUGAAGAGCGACGUCUACAGCUACGGUGUUGUCCUGCUAGAACUCCUAACCGGAAAGAAGCCGGUGGACAUGUCUCAGCUACCCGGUCAGGAGAACUUAGUCGCUUGGGCACGGCCACUGCUAACAAGUAGAGAAGGUUUGGAGUUGAUGAUUGACCAAUCCAUGGCUCCUGAUGUUCCUUUCGACAGUAUUGCAAAAGUAGCUGCAAUUGCUUCGAUGUGCGUGGAACCAGAGGUGUCACACCGGCCUUUCAUGGGCGAAGUCGUGCAGGCUCUGAAACUCAUAUGCAGCGAGUGUGACAGUAUGAAAGAGAUGCCUUCUAGAACCUCCAGCCAGGAGGAUUUGUCCAUGCUAAUGGAAGCUAGAAACAGUACCAACUCGAACAUGCUGCCGGCUCCUUUACUUUCACCUCACUCCACCGUCUCAGAUUAUGAUUAUCUGCUCGACCUUGAGAGAGAUCUCUCGAUGUCUGAGCUACUGAGUUCCUCUGCCAUGCCCGGGAGAGAAGACUCUGAGUCGUUCAGGAGGCACUCAAGCUCGGGACCUUUACGAACAAGCAAGAUGAAGCCACUGUGGAAGACGAUGAGGCAGUUGUCUCGGGGCAGCGUGAGCGAGCAUGGGGUGAUGUUCAAGUUGUGGCAUGGAUCUCAAUAAAUAAUCUUGCACUCUUGUCACCUUUGUAAAGCUCAGCUACUUCUGUUCUCCGAUUGAUAUCAGGCGAUAUAUCGAAUGCGACGCAGGGGGAAGAUCGGCAGUUAUCGAAGAUCGGAGCAACCGGCUUCUGCAAGCAUGAUUGAAGAAGCUGUGACUAGUGAUGUUCAUGGUGCAUUUUUGUACAUAAAAUGUUGUACUAUCAAUUUUAAUUAGUAGAGAUCAGGAGCAGUUUUCUUUA